AUGACAACGGCCCCACGGGACUCCCUGGUGUGGCAGCUGGCUGGACUGCUGCGUCAGUCGGGGGACGUGGUCCUGUCUGGCUGUAGCACGCUGAGCCUGCUGACUGCCACCCUCCAGCAGCUGAACCACGUGUUUGAGCUGCACCUGGGGCCAUGGAGUCCUGGCCAGAUGGGCUUCGUGGCUCUGCCCUCCCACCCUGCCGACUCCCCAGUCAUCCUCCAGCUUCAGUUCCUCUUCGACGUGCUGCAGAAAACACUUUCACUCAAGCUGGUCCAUGUCCCUGGUCCUGGCCCCCCAGGGCCCAUCAAGAUUUUCCCCUUCAAGUCCCUUCGGCAGCUGGAGCUCCAGGGCGUCCCUCUCCACUGCCUGCGUGGCCUCCGUAGCAUCUACUCCCAGUUAGAGAGCCUGAUUUGCAGCAGGAGCAUCCAGGCGUUAGAGGAGCUCCUCUCGGCCUGUGGUGGUGACCUCUGCUCUGCCCUCCCCUGGCUGGCUCUGCUCUCUGCCAACUUCAGCUACAAUUCCCUGACUUCCUUAGACAGCUCCCUGCGUCUCCUGUCAGCUGUGCGCUUCUUGAACCUGAGCCACAAUCGAGUCCAGGACUGCGAGGCCUUCCUGAUGGACUUGUCUGAGCUCUCCCAUCUGGACCUCUCCUAUAACUACCUGCGUGUGGUGCCCAGAAUGGGACCCUCAGGGCUUGCUCUGAGUACCCUGAUACUGCGAGGCAAUGAGCUCAGGAGUCUGCUUGGCAUGGAGCAGCUGAGGAACCUGCGGCACUUGGACGUGGCCUACAACCUGUUGGAAGGGCACAGGGAGCUGUCGCCACUCUGGCUGCUGGCUGAGCUCCGCAAGCUCUACCUGGAGGGGAACCCUUUGUGGUUCCACCCUGCUCACCGAGUGGCCACUGCCCAGUACUUGUCACCCCGUGCCAGGGAUGCUGCUUCUGGGUUCCUUCUUGAUGGUGAAGUCUUGUCACUUACUGAUUUUCAGACCUCCACCUCCUCAGGGCUUGGCCCUGCGACCCCACCUGUGUCCUGGCCAGUCGGGAGUACCACUGAGACCUCAGGCGGCGCCGACUUGAGUGACAGCCCUUCCUCUGGGGGCGUUGUGGCCCGGCCCCCACUUCGGAAGGUUAAGAGCCGAGUCCGUGUGAGGCGGGCUAGCAUCUCUGAACCCAGUGAUACUGACCCAGAGCCCCGGACUCUGGACCCCUCCCCAGCUGGCUGGUUUGUACAGCAGCAUCGGGAGCUUGAGCUCAUGAACAGCUUCCGGGAACAGUUUGGCUGUGACUGGUUGCAGUAUAGGAGUCACUUGGAAACCUCUGAGAACCCCCUUCUGGCUACUUCCAAGACCUCUGACCUCAGCAUACCAUCCCUGGAUACCCUGGGCCCAGAGCCUCUGCCCAGUCCUCCAUCCCCAGAGAAGAGAGCCCACAGCCCUGAGGAGUCACCACCAGAGGAGGUCAGGGUGGAGCCGGAGCCCCAGGAGGAAGAGGAGAUGGAGGUGCUGGAAGAACGGGGAGGACAGGAAGACCAGGGAGGAGAGGAAGACCAGGGGGAGGAAGAGGAGCGGGAGCAGGACCAAGUGGAAGGUGAGUGCUCCCUGUGCCGCCCCAUGUUGGUGUGUCCCCUGGAGGGACCCGAGGGCGUGCGGGGCAGGGAGCGCUUCCUCCGGGUCACCUCGGCCCACCUGUUUGAGGUGGAACUCCAGGCAGCUCGAACCCUGGAACGGCUGGAGCUUCAGAGUCUGGAGGCAGCUGAGCUCGAGCUUGAGACCCAAACCCGGAGAGAACCAGCGCCUGGCGACUCACAGCUGCUCCCUGUCCUGGUUCUGCGCUUCUCCUACAUCUGCCCUGACAGGCAGUUACGUCGCUACAUGGUGCUGGAGCCUGACGCCCAUGCAGCUGUCCAGGAGCUGCUUGCUGUGUUGACCCCAGCCACCACCACAGCUUGGCAUCAACUUGGGGAAGUGAGUGACCCUCGAGGGGGCAGACUCCAGUGUCUGCGUUGUGGCCAUGAAUUCAAGCCAGAGGAGCCCAGGCUGGGACUGGACAGUGAGAAUGGCUGGAGGCCUCUGUUCCAGAAGACUGAUUCUCCUGCUGUGUGUCCCAACUGUGGUAGUGAUCACGUGGUUCUUCUGGCUCUGUCCCCCACUGGGGAGCGAAGACAGGGAGAUAGGUCCCCAGCGCGCUCUCUGUCCCCCAGCCCUGUCUGUGACUCCCGUGGCCACAGUGACCCCAACAACAGAGUUGACAGCGACCCAUCUCAGGCACUGGCCUCUCAAGACCACAGCACUUGGAGCCUUAGUCCCCCCCCUGACCGCUGUGGCCUCCGUGCUGUGGACCACCGCCUCCGGCUCUUCUUGGACGUGGAGGUGUUUGCUGAUGCCCAGGAGGAGUUCCAGUGCUGCCUCAAGGUGCCACUGAUGUUGGCAGGCCACAUGAAGGAGAUUCUGUGUCUUGUGGUGGUGUCUGAUCGCAGGCUUUAUGUGUUGAAGGUGACCGGGGCGAUCCGAGGGCCUCCUGCUGGCUGGCUGCAGCUGGCCCUGGCCAUCCCCUUGCAAGAUCUGAAUGGCUUAGAGCUGGGCCUGGCAGGACAGAGCCUGCGGCUGGUGUGGGCAGCUGGAGGGAGCAGCUGUGUCCUACUGCCCCGAGAUGUCAAACGUUGCCGAGCCUUCCUAGGGGAGCUCACUGAUGUCUUACAGUCUCUGCCCCCCACCUGGAGGAACUGUGUCAGUGCCACGGAGGAGGUGGUGACCCCACAGCACCGGCUCUGGCCGCUGUUGGACAAAGACUCUUCCUCGGAGGCUCCUCGGUUCUUCUACCUUCGGGUGUUCCUGGUAGAAGGUCCUUUUCCAUGCCCUGUGUCCUUGCUGCUGACUCUGUCCACUCUAUACCUGCUAGAUGAUGACCCUGCAGGCACCCAGGCAGAGCCCCCGCCUCCUGCAGCAUCUGGCGAGGCCUCUGAGAAGGCUGCUCCCUUGGUGCCGAGCCCUGCCGUGGGCGUCAGGGAGCAGCAGCCACUCAGCAGCCUGAGCUCGGUGCUGCUCUACCACACAGCCCCGGAGGACCUGCGGCUGGUCUUCUACGAUGAGGUGUCUAGGCUGGAGAGCUUCUGGGCGCUCCGUGUUGUGUGUUCCGAGCAGCUGACAGCACUGCUGGCCUGGAUCCGGGAGCCCUGGGAGGAGUUGUUUUCCAUCGGACUCCGGAUUGUGACCCAAGAGGCUCUUGACCCUGACUGGUGA